ACCCCGGCACCUCCGCUGCCGCCGCGAAUAGCGAUGCCUUUCACUAAGAAAAAUAGAGGUGGCCGCAAAAGCAGCACGCGGCUAGCCCUCACAAACACCCGAACUCCCAAAUCAUUACCCGUUGCCGACGCAUCUGACGAAGAAAUGGCGGACGCCGAUGUGGAGAUGGAUGUGGAGGACGUGCGCGAUGCGACGCCUCAGGAAGAGUUGGAUCCGGACGGGGAGGACGACGAAGCUGCUACACCCAUGGCCGACGACGACGAUGAUGAAGACGACGAUGAUGCGCAACCACAAAUUACCACCAUCCCACGACGAAGAGGGCGAGCUGGGCGACCGCGAACGCGCGUACAACACGCAGACACUCCUGAACCUGGAGACGAUGGCAGCGAGUCGGGGACACCGCGCCGAAGGAGAGGCCGGCCGCCAGGUCGGGGAGGUCGGGGAGGUGGUCGAGGUCGUGGAAGAGGAGGAAGACGAGAGGACGCACGCCAGACGGUGACCGACAAGAAUGGCAUGGUGCUGAAUGUGGUGGACGACGAGGCGCAGGUGGACGACGAUCCUGAGGGUAACGAAAAGGUGGACAGCAAAGGUCAUCUGCAAGGCGGUCGAGAAUAUCGUGUGCGCACAUUCACAAUCAUGGGCAAAGAGGAAAGACUUUAUAUGCUUUCCACGGAGCCUGCUCGAUGCUGCGGAUUUCGAGACAGCUACCUGUUCUUCACGAAGCAUCCGAAGCUGUUCAAGGUGGUAGUCGGCGACGAGGAAAAGAAGGACUUGAUCGAACGGGAGAUUCUUCCGAACAGCUACAAAGGUCGAAACAUUGGUGUGGUUACUGCCCGCUCCGUGUUCCGAGAAUUUGGCGCGAAGAUCAUCGUUGGUGGAAGAAAAGUGAUCGACGACUACAAGGUCGAGGAAGCGCGUGCAAAUGGAGAGAUCGAGGGAGAGCUCGCUGAUCCCGAUGAUCAUGUGCCGGACAAACGUGACGACUACAACCGCAACCGUUACGUCGCAUGGUUUGGUGCAAGCGAGGUGUACCGCGUGCAGGCGGGUGGUGGCACAAUGCCGCACACAAAGCAGUCUUUGGGCAAGCGGAAGAACAACAUUACAUUGCAGAAUUGGCAGUUCAUGCAUGCUAGAGAAGCAAGUCGCUUCAACACCACACUGACGUCUUUGCGACACGCAAAUCUCGAUGGUGUGUACGAUACCAACACCAACAUGAUGUUAUUUCCGAAGAUCAUGCAGCCGACCCACGCCAGAUGGGAACAGGUCCAGCCCGAAUCGACAUCAGCUGAAGCGAAACAAAUCACCAAUGGUCUGACGAAUGGCCAUCGCGAGACCAAUGGAACUCAUGAUCCAGCAGCUGCUGACGAGGCCCAAGAAUCGUCCAUCUUCUCGAACGUUCCUCCGAUCAUCUCACGGAAUUUCACAAUCGUCGACACAGUCUACAAAGCGCCGCCGAUCUCUGCCGCUGGCUAUCCUGGCCCGGAUGGGCACGUGGAAGAUCCCACCUCCGGUCCGAAUGGCCUCAGUUCAGUACCAGAUUCGCUGCUUGAUGAGCUACCCACGGACUGUCGAGCUGCAUUCGAGGAAGCGCGAGCUGCAGAAGUCGGCUGGAAGCGGCAUUGGGGUACGGAAGCACACAGUGGACACCGA